AUGACUUGGCCACCAUUGGCGUGGAUAAGAUACAAUUUUCUUCAUAGCUUUACGGCCAUUGCACAGUACAAUUCACCGGCCGACAAAAGCGGACAAGUGUCUACUGUGAGCUUCCUCCUCUCCCGUCAUGGAAAUCACGAGACUGCCAUCUCAAUGCUCCAUGAAGGAAGUCUUCUAUUUCUAGAUGGACCUUACGGCCAAGAGGUAGACUUGGCAAAGGAUGAUAUAUUAAUUUUGGCUGCGAAGGGUAUGGGUAUUGCAGGUGUACUUCCGAUGGUUACAGACCUCGCGCUACGCCGCGACCAUGACAACCGCAUCAGGGAAAGAAUCCAAGAUUUAACAGAAAGACUCAGAACUGAAGAAUGCAAUUCUCAGAUGGAAUGGGUUGAGAAACAGCUCAAGUGGCUUCAAGAGAUGGACCCCCAGAAUCAUAGAAACUACUCGUGGUUUGGUGUCGUUAUCCUGAUUUGCGGACCGGUCAUGAUCCCUUCGAGCUCGGAUCUCGCUUUUGGAUGUGCUUAG